GCGACCAGUCGUGAAGGUAGUAUUUCCUUCUCCAAUUCGGUUGUGUUUUGCAGAUACAGCAAAAGCCACGUGGAAAAUUUUAAAAGUGAAAAUUGUUUGCUUUCUUUAAUUUUUGUUUACAUUUUCAGUAGACAAACUCUACAGUUAUUUACCGCGCAAUGGAAUCACCAAAUUGCUAUUUGGUCUUACAAGACAACACUAUACUGCCGGGUCGCGCUUUUGGCUCUAAAACACCCGUCGAUGGUGAAGUUGUCUUCCAAACCGGCAUGGUCGGUUAUCCCGAAUCGAUGACUGAUCGCUCAUAUCGCGCACAAAUACUUGUACUCACUUAUCCGUUGAUCGGUAAUUACGGCGUGCCAGAUGAGAAGGAACUCGACGAACAUGGCUUGCCGGUGAACUUCGAAUGGUUCGAGGGCAUUACAGUAGCUGCUUUGGUGGUGGGUGAAGUGUGUGAAGCACCCUCACAUUGGCGGACGCGCCAGACGCUUUCGCGUUGGAUGGAAGGUUACGGGGUGCCGGGCAUAAGCGGCAUUGAUACACGCGCCCUUACGAAAAAGAUACGCGAAAAUGGGUCCAUAUUGGGGCGCAUUGUCUAUCAGAUGCCAGCAGCGAGCGUGCAAAUGCUAACCUUCGCCGAUCCGAACUUGCGCAAUCUGGUUGCUGAGUGUUCAGUUAAGGAGCCGCGCGUCUUUAAUGCCUCUGGCACGCCACGGAUUUGUGCGAUCGAUUGUGGUUUAAAACUGAAUCAGAUUAAAUGUUUUGUGGCACGCGGCGCGCGUGUAGACUUGGUGCCAUGGAAUUAUGCGCUGAAAGAGGAGGAGUUCGAUGGGCUAUUUAUUAGUAAUGGUCCUGGUGACCCGGUCGUAUGUAAGGAUACUGUUACGCAGAUACAAAAGGUGCUGAAAAAUGGAAAGAAACCCAUAUUUGGCAUUUGCUUGGGUCAUCAGUUGCUCGCAACAGCUAUCGGCUGCAAGACCUAUAAAAUGAAAUAUGGUAAUCGCGGACACAAUCUGCCAUGCGUACACCACGGCACCGGGCGCUGCUUCAUGACUUCACAAAAUCACGGCUUUGCAGUGGAUAGCGAGACUUUGCCUGCUGAGUGGGAGCCGCUCUUUACGAAUGCCAACGAUAACACCAACGAAGGUAUUAUUCACACAAGCAAACCAUACUUCUCGGUGCAAUUUCAUCCAGAGCACACUGCUGGUCCGGAAGACUUAGAAUUGCUUUUCGAUGUCUUCCUUGAUGCGGUAAAGCAACAAAAUAUACCCGCAGCUUUGAGCUUGCGUCAAAAUUUGAUCGAGCGUCUGACUUUCCGACCUCGAUUGAAUAACAUUCCCGAGAAGCGUCCGCGUAAGGUGCUGAUUUUAGGCUCUGGCGGCUUGUCCAUUGGUCAGGCGGGCGAAUUCGACUACUCGGGCGCGCAAGCAAUCAAGGCAAUGAAAGAGGAGAAAAUCCAAACUGUCCUGAUAAAUCCCAACAUCGCCACCGUGCAGACUUCAAAGGGACUGGCCGACAAAUGCUACUUCCUACCGCUAACUCCCGAAUAUGUCAAACAAGUCAUACAAGCAGAGCGUCCCAACGGCGUUCUGCUUACAUUUGGCGGUCAGACCGCGCUCAAUUGCGGGGUGGAAUUGGAACGCGCUGGUGUCUUCGAUAAGUACAAUGUCCAAAUACUCGGCACACCGAUACAAUCCAUCAUCGAAACUGAAGAUCGCAAAAUUUUUGCAGAACGCGUGGCUGAAAUCGGCGAAUGCGUAGCACCGUCCGAGGCUGUAUACUCCGUGGAGGAGGCGCUAGAGGCGGCAAAGCGUUUGGGUUAUCCUGUAAUGGCGCGUGCGGCAUUCUCCUUGGGUGGUUUAGGUUCAGGUUUUGCAGACAACGAACGCGAACUAGAGACACUAGCUCAUCAAGCAUUGGCACACUCGAGUCAGUUGGUUAUUGACAAGUCGCUCAAAGGCUGGAAAGAGGUGGAGUACGAAGUAGUGCGCGAUGCCUUCGACAACUGCAUAACCGUUUGUAAUAUGGAAAACCUCGAUCCUUUGGGCAUACACACUGGCGAAAGUAUUGUGGUGGCGCCAUCGCAGACGCUCUCCAACAAAGAGUAUAACAUGCUGCGCAGCACUGCUCUAAAAGUGAUACGCCACUUUGGCGUUGUCGGUGAGUGUAACAUACAAUACGCGCUCAAUCCACACUCGGAGGAGUACUACAUUAUCGAGGUAAAUGCGCGUCUGUCACGUAGCUCCGCCUUAGCUAGUAAGGCUACUGGCUACCCGCUGGCAUAUGUUGCGGCUAAAUUGGCGCUGGGCGUUUCGCUGCCCUCUAUCAAGAAUUCGGUUACUGGUGUGACUACCGCCUGCUUCGAGCCGAGCUUGGAUUACUGUGUGGUUAAGAUACCAAGGUGGGAUUUGGCGAAAUUCGUACGCGUAAGUAAGAAUAUCGGUAGCUCUAUGAAGAGCGUGGGCGAAGUAAUGGCUAUUGGCCGCAACUUUGAGGAGGCUUUUCAGAAAGCUUUGCGCAUGGUGGAUAGUGGCGUUAAUGGUUUUGAUCCUGAUCAACAUCCAUUGCGUAAAGAAGAGCUGACAGAGCCCACCGACAAACGACCAUUUGUGUUGGCCGCUGCGCUGAAGGCUAAUUAUGGCGUUGAAGAGUUGCAUCAGCUCACAAAGAUUGACAGAUGGUUUCUCAACAAGAUGAAGCGCAUCAUAGAGUUUCACAGCAAUUUGGAAAAAACUGGGAAUACGCUGUCAGUGGCGCAAAUUCUACAGGCAAAGCAAAUCGGAUUUUCCGACAAACAAAUUGCUGCGGCCAUCAAGAGCACCGAAUUGGCGGUGCGCAAACAACGCCAAGAAUUGGGCAUCAAACCGUUUGUCAAGCAAAUAGAUACGGUGGCUGGUGAAUGGCCAGCUACGACCAAUUAUCUCUACCUUACCUACAACGCAAAUGCGCACGAUCUGGAUUUCCUUGGCGAUUUCACGAUCGUAGUUGGUUCAGGCGUCUACCGCAUUGGCUCGUCGGUGGAGUUCGACUGGUGUGCAGUCGGCUGUCUCCGUGAGUUGCGCAAGCUCGGUAAACCCACCAUAAUGAUAAACUAUAAUCCCGAAACUGUGUCCACCGAUUACGAUAUGUGCGAUCGUCUGUACUUCGAGGAGAUUUCAUUCGAAGUAGUUAUGGACGUAUACGAAAUGGAGAAUUCCGAUGGUAUUAUACUCUCCAUGGGCGGACAAUUGCCCAACAAUAUCGCCAUGGACCUACAUCGUCAGCAAGCCAAAGUGCUUGGCACUUCACCGGAAUCCAUUGAUAGCGCUGAGAAUCGCUUCAAGUUUUCGCGCAUGUUGGACCGCAAGGGUAUACUGCAACCGCGUUGGAAGGAAUUGACGAACCUGAAGAGUGCCAUACAAUUUUGCGAGGAAGUUGGCUAUCCUUGCCUGGUGCGGCCUUCAUAUGUGCUCUCAGGCGCCGCCAUGAAUGUGGCCUACUCGAAUCAAGAUUUGGAAACUUACUUGAAUGCAGCAUCAUUGGUUAGCAAAGAGCACCCGGUGGUUAUUUCGAAGUUCCUCACAGAGGCGAAGGAAAUCGAUGUGGAUGCUGUGGCGGCUGAUGGCGAGAUCCUUUGCAUGGCCGUCUCAGAGCAUGUGGAAAAUGCUGGCGUGCAUUCAGGCGAUGCCACAUUGGUAACACCACCGCAGGAUUUAAAUCAUGAAACUCUGGAAACCAUUAAGCGCAUAACACGCGAUCUGGCAGCGCUACUCGAUGUCACUGGCCCCUUCAAUAUGCAAUUGAUUGCCAAGAAUAAUGAGCUCAAAGUGAUUGAAUGUAAUGUGCGUGUCUCGCGCUCUUUUCCAUUUGUAUCGAAGACUUUGGAUCACGAUUUCGUGGCGACGGCAACGCGCGCCAUUAUUGGCAUACCAGUUGAGCCGGUGGAAGUGUUGCACGGCGUGGGAAAAGUCGGUGUGAAGGUGCCUCAAUUCAGUUUUUCCCGUCUGGCUGGUGCGGAUGUGCAGUUGGGCGUGGAAAUGGCAUCCACCGGUGAGGUGGCCUGUUUCGGUGACAAUCGCUAUGAGGCUUACUUGAAAGCCAUGAUGUCUACUGGCUUCCAGAUACCGAAAAAGGCCAUACUACUCUCCAUUGGUAGUUUUAAGCACAAAAUGGAGUUGCUGCCCUCAAUCCGAGAUCUUGCAAAAAUGGGUUAUAAGUUGUAUGCAUCAAUGGGCACUGGUGAUUUCUAUGCAGAGCAUGGCGUUGAUGUGAGUAAAGUAUACCAAAUCCUACUAGUAUUCGUAUUAUAAAUAUGAGUAUUGCCA